GUUUCCCUGUUGAUAUAAAUACUUUCCAAACGCUUCGUUUAAAAUGGAUGCUACUGAGGUUGAUAACAUGUCUGCUGGUGCUCAGAGUGGCGUUGAGGGUGACUCUGCUACUGAGCAAUGUGUGAACUCCGGUCGUUCCCAAGAAUCCGACUCUAUGAUGCAAUCAACUACUGUUCCGUCUUCAUCUGGUGUUCAACGUCAAGAUUCCUCUGCGGGGAAUUUCAGUGCAUUGACUUCCAGUACUCCAGUGUGCUACUGCGUGUAUGAGGAGGUUGCUCAGGGUACCUUCUAUAUGCAAUGGAAGGCCAGUACUUCUGAGCCUAUCAACAACCAUAUUAUGAUGUUUGUUCCUAGCAAGGCAGUUCCUAAAUUCAAGCUUGUGAAUGACGGUGGUCGCUCUGAAUUGUCUACCCGCGUUAUGCCUGACAAGCAUAAGUUCUGGUCUGCUCUUUGUUUGUUCAUUAAGUCUGCUAAGGAAUACAAGUCUAAGUUGCAGUUAUUCCCUGGUUGGAAUGACAUUGUUCCAUACAAAUCUGACAUUUACUUCCACGAUGGUAACAACACUGUAACUAAGGUUGGCUACGAGGCCAUUGCGCUUGAUAAUGUAUCUGCCAUUGGUAUUGCUGGUCGUGCCAAUAUUCUGAUGGCCAACAAGAUGUCCAAGGAGCAAUUUUCUCAGGGCAUUCGCAAGGGUGGAUACUGUUUGCAACUUUAGAGUUACGUUGGGGUCUUUCAAAAUAUAUAUGUCCGGAAAAUCACAGGAAUAUUAGUAGAAACUACUAUCCUCAAUGCUUGCUUGCGUGGUUGA